UAUAUUCAAUCAAACUGUGAAUAAUAUUAGGCAAUUAAAGAAUCAUUCCAAGAUGUUGACUAACAUCAAUGGAGUUUUGCUUGUAAGCACGUCUCCUUGUUGGUUUCGCUGUAAUUAUCAGACAUAUGUUAGUUAUUUAGGUGUCGCCUUCAAGUACUUAUGUUUUGUGUAUAAAUUAUGCAAAAUCAAUACUUGCACAAACACAUCUCACACAAAGCCUUUAAAAAUAAGAAACAUCUUGGCCAUGGCUAGACUCGUUCUUCUCCCCUUGUUCUCAGCUCUUCUUCUUGCAACCGCAAUCACAACAUCGGAAGCUUUCUCAAAAACAGUGAAGGCACCAUAUCAAGCACAUGAGCCGAAGAAGCUAACCCACCUCCACUUCUACUUCCACGACAUUGUCUCGGGAGCCAAACCAACCACUGCCAUGGUCGCCUCGGGUCCAAAUACAAACACAUCUGCAUCAGCUUUCGGUAUGGUUGUAGUCAUUGACGAUCCAUUGACCGUUGGACCCGAGAUCACCUCAGAGGAAGUAGGCAGAGCCCAAGGGAUGUACGCAUCGGCUGACCAGAAGAGUUUUGGUUUGUUAAUGGCUAUUAACUUGGUCUUCACAAAGGGUGAGUUUGCCGGCAGCACGGCGUCGUUAUACGGUCGAAACCCGAUCAUGUCUAAGGUGAGAGAGAUGCCGAUCAUCGCAGGAACUGGUGCUUUCAGGUUCGGAAGAGGAUAUGCACAGGCCAGGACUUUUACGUUCAAUACUACGAGUGGAGAUGCUGUGGUUGAGUACAAUGUCUAUAUUUGGCAUUAACAUGGAAAACGCGGUUAAAUACAAUAAGACUGGAAUAAAAUGUUUUCUC